ACAGAAAMAUUUGCAUCAGUUUUGAGACGUCAUUGACUAGAAUUUUUGUAGACCUGGCAACCCUGGUCAAGAGAUACGGGAAGUAAACAAACUGAGGGAGCUGUCAAAAAAARAAAACAAGACGUUGCCAGCUUCUUGCAAGUGAUACAGUUGCCAUGACUGCUUGUAUCAUCUUACUUGUCGUACUUUCYGGAACAUCAAGCUAGGGGUACAUUUGACUAAGACACUGAAUAUAAAAGUCAUAUGAAGAGCCAUGUCUCACACUGUUGGCCCAAUUCAGUGGACUAUGGCGGAGCUACUGGGUCAGAGGAGCCUACUGGGCUUUGGAGCUCUUCUGACAUGGCUGAUUCUCUUCCAUUUACUGGUGAAUGUAUGGCUGCUGUGUGUCUUCACCAGCCUCCUGGUGGUCAUGGGAGGCUGGCUGGGAUCUCAGGCUGUCCUGGACUCCAACAGUGUUGUUCACCUAGAGCGGUUCAUCACAUUGGAAAGGGUCCCUCCUUCGCCUGAGAGUGAGCGGCAGCUAGACCACGAGAUACAGACCACCGUGCGCAAGAUAAUCAGAGACUUUGUGUCCUCCUGGUACUGCAUAGUGUCCUCGGAGCGGCACUUUGAGGUCGAGGUGCAAAGUGCCAUGUACUCCAUGGCGAUGGAGCUGAAGAAUCGGUCAAGAAGAGUGGACAGGAAGGUCCUGACCCAGAGAGUUUUGGACCUGUGUGGUGACCACCUUCAGAGCUACCUGAGAGCCAAAGAAGUCAUGGCCGAGCUGAAGAGGCAACCGGAUGGAGAGAACAGCCUCUGGAAAGCAUACUCCCGGGUCUGCACACCUCACCCUGCUGUGAAGAGCUCGGCCAUGGAGGUGAACUACGCCAGGGCUAUUGUUGACCUGCUGCUGCAUGUUCUUGUCCCACCGCCUCACCUGGAAACCCGAACGGGAAGGUUUGUGGUCGGAGAGCUCAUCACAUGCAAUGUGCUUCUCCCCUUCAUUACGAARCUAUCGGAUCCAGACUGGCUGAACCUGUUAAUCGUUUCCAUUUUCACCAAGUCAAGUAUGCAAGCCCCCAAAGCCUCAGAACCACCAAAAACACCAUCACUGCCACAUCUCACUGUCUUAGAGCAGGAUCAGCCCCAGCAAGACGUUCAGGUCCCUUGCUCUUUACCCUUAAGGAUCCUAUCAGAAACACCUAACGACACAGAGUCUGCCACACCUGAGUUGGCUGCUUACGAUAUCAUCGACUCGGCAGAAUUGUACUGCCCUCAGAAUAGUAUAGAGGAAGAAGAGCCUCGACAGGCUAGACAGUACAUUGGUAUCUGUCCAAUGGACUACCUGAGACCAGUCAAAUCCAACCCGUUCUACCAAGAGACCGACUCAGACCUGGACUCUCCUCWGACAGAUUUCAAGAGGAGCUCAAUGGAGUCCCUGAUUCUGAUUGGUGCAGAGGAAGCGCUGUCGGACCGGUUUCGAGAGUGUGCCACGCCCACUGACAUCAGCAGCGUCAUGGAUCUGGAGGAUGACCUCCGGGUUUACCCUGGUCUAGCCGAGGUCACUUCCUCCCCCAAAGUCCUGGUCUCUGAACAACAGGAUCACCCCGAAGCCUUCGCUAACGUGUUGUGCACCACGAUGGAGGACGUUCCCUCGAGUUUCAGCAGCCUCCAGGACCUGGAGAUGAGGGACAGCGGCACUAGCCCAGAGAGAGAGCUGCUGAGCGUGGACCUGGCGGUGGGCUGCCACUCCAAUGGGCUGACGGCGUCGGUGAGCGGCCCUCUGCAGACCUCCUCCCCCAUGGCACCCCUGCCCUCCUUCAGCUUUGAGCCCCUCAGCAGCCCCGAAGGCCCAAUCAUCAUCCAGAACCUUCGAAUCCCCGGGACCAUCACGGCCAAGGAGCACCGUGGCACCGGSUCGCACCCGUACACUCUCUACACGGUCAAGUAUGAAACAGCAAUGGACUCUAAUAUCCCAGGGUCUAUCCAGCCAGUUGCCUAUCACACGGUCAACCGGCGAUAUAGUGAGUUUCUCAACCUACAGACCCGCUUGGAGGAGAAAUCAGACUUGCGAAAACUCAUCAAAAAUGUGAAAGGACCAAAGAAAAUAUUUCCAGACUUGCCGUUCGGUAACAUGGACAGUGACAAAGUUGAGGCCAGGAAAGGGCUGCUCGAGACUUUCCUCAAGCAACUUUGUGCUAUACCCGAAACUGCCAACAGUGAAGAAAUGCAGGAGUUCCUUGCUCUUAAUACAGAUGCAAGAAUUGCCUUUGUCAAGAAGCCGUUCAUCGUAUCACACAUAGACAAGAUUGUGGAUACCUUGAAGACGGCGUUUCCUCGCUCAGAGCUACAGAGCCCUACAGAAGACAUGGACGGAGACUCCGAGGGAAAGCCUUCCUCAGAUAAGAAAAACAAGUCCCGGCUAAGGUUCUCCAGCAAAAUCACCCCAGUCCUUAAUGUGUCUGACAUGAGGCCUAAAGUGCUAUACUGCUUAGAUGAGGGGAGCACAGGGUUUAACGGCCUGUCGGUUGCUGGUCUAGAGGCCUUUAUUAAGGAGCAGGAACUAGCGGUGAUGUGUGAYGCAGAGGCUGAGAGGGAAGGCUGUCCAGGCCUCAGAGUAGAAGUUGGAGGCUGUGGGUGCACACGGAAUAAUUUACCAGGUGCAUCCAUUCAAGACUCUGUGGCGGAGACGGCCCUGGCUGACGUGGCCCUAGACAUCAUGUGUCUGCUAAUGAAGGACCAGUGGAGCUGGCUGUGCACCGACAACAUCCGGAAGACUAUCCGGCUGCUGUUUGGAACCCUCAUUGACAGGUGGCUUGACGUUAGCGUGGCUAACCUGACCUGUACCCAGUACUGGGUGAUCUACCUGCGGGUGCUCCAGGAGGCUGUGUGGCCGGGGGGCAGCCUACCAGCUCAGCCCCGCCCAGAGCGCAGCCACCAACAGAAGGAGGACACCAAGCAGCAGUCUCUGCACUGCCUCAUGAGACUACUGCCAGAUCUUCUCUCAGAUAUGCUGGGCUCAGACAAAUACCAACUAAGCUGGCAGACUGCACUGGAAUCUCUGCAGGACCCUUACAUAAACAGACACCUGGUCUACUGUAUCUGGGACCUUCUCCUCGAGUUCCUCGUCCCUGAAACAUCUGAGGAGGACUUUCAGAAAACCCUGCUGCAAAGUCUGUCCAAAAACGCAGAGAAACUACCACCAUAAAAGCCGUGGGAGAGAUACUCGGGUACACGCACGCACACACACACGUUUAAUCAACUGUGUCAGUGAAUAGCCCCCGAUGAAAGUCCAGCCUAGCGCAUCUGGAUAAAUUCCAUUAUUCAUGUGUCGCCACCUUCACCGCUGAAACUUUGGACCCGAGGUCAUCCGGGUCUGUCUCCGAUUUAGGCCAUGACGUCUGUGGGUCUCAAACAUCGGCCACACAUCCGGAGCAGCUUUGAUUACCCAACACCUGUUUUCUGUUUGAUCAGAAUACCUCUCUGAUCUCCAAAAGCCCAACACACCAAACUUCCCAAAUCCACCCUUUUCCUGCUUCCUAAAACCUCCAGCUUUGUACCAAACUCAUUUCAGAUGGACUUCACACCAUCGUUAUCCCUCGUGGUCUUUCUGUAUCCUGUUGGAGCUAGAAGUUUACUAGAAUCGCUAGUGGUUUGGAGAAGUCCAGUUAGAUUUUUCCCCACUUUAGGCUUACUGUGUCGUGUUUUGCCCUUUCGGGAUGACUUGCCUUUGUGUUCUCUGUUAUAUGCCCCUAUUUCUUUUGAUCCCCUUGGCUCUACACCAAGCAGCACAUGUGCUGUGUUGCAUUAAUACUGUACUCCCUCACUCCUGGGACCCUCCUGAGGCCUGGCUCGUACUGAUAUGGUCCACUGAUACGUUUCUGUUAAAGUGGUCACUCGCACGUUUUGAACUUGUAUGAAGAAGGCCACUGCACUUUGAAGCUCUUGAUGGCCACUUUUCCCACGGGCCUGAAAUGGUGGUUUUAAGUAAUAUACUAUACAAGUACAUCCAAUUUUCAGUGGUCUCUGCUACUUUUUAAAGUUAUGAUACAUUUUAAGAGCAUCACCAACACAGUGAAUGGGGAAAACAUUUUCUGAGGGUGUGAUUUGGUUAAUGACCUAUAAUGUACAUUUCGAUGUAUAUCAUUUAUAAUUUCUUUGAAAGUAGCAGAGAGCCCUCUCUGGAAAUGUGAUGUGUUUUAAGAGCAUGUUGUUCCAAACAAUAUGUCUAAGCUAAAUAAAAAAUGGUACUUUUGAGAUAUUUAUAAUAAUGUUGUUAAUGUUCAAUCAAUUAAUGUUAUUAUUAUUUAUUUAUUUUAAAUCUAGACAUACUCCAUAUUUCAGAGCACACUAUAAGGAGGAUAAUGA